AUGUUCCAGCAAGGUGGCCGGGCAGGCGUGACCAGCAGCAACAUCAUCCCGCGAAGCCCGGUCCCAGCCUGCGAGGCCCAGCAUCAGCCCGCGAGCUCGUCAGGCCGUGGCCCAAAACACCUUCCAGGCGAGAAGAUUACGUAUCUGAAAGAAAAAAUCGAUGAUUUUGAGGGUGUGGAGACCGAUUUAAAGGCAAGCGUCAAGGAUAUGAGGAGAGUGCUCGACAAGAGGGACGAGAUGUUGAAUUUCAUGAGCAAAGGCGGUUGUGAAGCGACGGCGACGGCAACAUCAGUGGUGGGGAAAGUUAUGGUGGCGUGGAAUUGA